AGCGACUGUGCCUGUUAUCCCGAUCUACAGCCACGUCGUCCAGACCGCCCUCGGGAACGAGACAGCGCCAAUUUACUCACGAAAGUGUCUUCUUUGGCAGGGUUUGUCCCGGCGAUUGCUUUGGCCAGGUCCCGGAUCGAGUUUCCCGCCUCCUCCUUGAUGUUCUGCCGGGCAUGCGAGAGCGACUGGCUCCCUGGGCCGACAGUGUUGGUCACAGUGCGAUAGGGGAUGAGAGGGGAUAUGGGCCGGGUCUGCAGGCUUUUGAAACUCCCGUGCCUCGCAGCCAAGAUGCUGCGCGAGAGCGUCGACGGGCGGAGGGAGCGGAGGGCGCGAUUCAUGUUGGCACUGUCUGGUCCGCAGAGCAUUCGCGGCGCUUAUAUACGAUUAUCAAGUGAGACCUUAUAGGAACUGAUGUCAUUCCGAGGGUCAUCUGCGACUUGAUUGAAUGCGGGACACUUCCGAGACAGGCCGAGCGCGAUAGUUCGAGGCCGACUCUCGGACAGCCCUUAAAGCUCUUCCUGCUUCCUCAUCCCAUGUUCGGAGGGUCUUACAAUACUCACACUGGGGUCACCAGACCACGCUUUCGAGCCACCAAUUCAAAUGCUUACAUCCCACCACGCUCGUAAACUAUCAAAUGCUAUCUGUGGCUUCUGGAUUGACCCUUUCCGAGGUUUUAUUCGGGCCCUGGUAGACACCUCCUUCCUAAUCCAGGCACGGAGCGUUGCGCUCAAUUCUGGCUUGGCGCUCUGAUGUCAUCAUCGCGGCUCUGUGGCAGACAUCGUGACUGGGGACACGACUCCCCUCGGCAUGAACCGCUGCGACAGGCUGCGAUCUGCUGCGCGACGCCACGACUGCGGUGCCGUUCCAAUACGUGUCCCUCCGCCACACCCAUAAAAGCAACCCGACACAUCUCCGCCUCUGUCAUCCGUAACACAAUCUCGAAUACCUACUAACAUCCAUGGCACCCGCUCUCCUCUGCUUCAUGCUCGGCGCUGGCGUAGGCGCAUACUGGGUCUCCAACAAGAAUAAGAGGCAGUGCAAGCGCGCCGCUCGGCUCGCCCAGUUCGAUCCCGCGCAUCCUGACACGGCGGCGGCGGCGCAGUCGUCGCGGGAUUGGGAGGCGCAACGCACUCGCAUCCACGAGAGGGUGGUGGAUCUCUCUGAAGCGACCCUCGAUGCCGUUUUGGUGGCGACUGAGUCUCUCAAGGCCAAAAUCGCCGAGCACAAGGCCCUGAAAGACGCGGAAUCGAACAUGUCAGAAACUCACUCGCCGGCCAGUCAAUCCCCCGUGCUGGUCGACAUCGAGUUUAAGCUCGGUUCCAAGGCCACCUCGUAACAUGUUCGGCUCGACGAGCAUUCUGUUAACUACGUACGACUGUUGUAAAUGUAAUUACUUGGGCAUGGUCAUCUGAAUGUCAAAUCUCGGACCAUUGUUUACUGUGACCUAUAAAUACACAAUUUCUACUCAGAUCCUACUGAUACAGUUGGCUCUAAACUUCUGCAAGCCCACUCAUGCGAUACGCGACCAUCUUCUGAACAAACUUGAAUCGUCCAAGCAUCCGGAUAAUUCCGUACACAAGCGAGGGAAACCACAGUUUUCGCUGCGAAGUGAUCAACCCCAUCCCGUGCUCUGUCAAACUGAUCACUCCAAGAGCCCGUUCAUGCCGCCAGCGGGCCCACUCCAUAAGCCGGCGGUCGUCCUCCGGCGCAUCAAAGUGCGCGCGCAGGAUGGGGCCUAGGCUGAUCGCAUCCCGAAUGCCCAAACUCAUGCCCUGCCCACCGAUGGGGCUGUGGAUGUGCGCGGCAUCGCCGACCAGGAGGACGACCCC